AUGGGGUUUACGUUUUGUCCAGCAUGUGGCUUCAAAUUUCGCCCAUUCGUCCAGCAUGGCCCACUGAGAGGGCGUGGGGCCCGACGCGGUGGUCGGCGUGGGGGCUACCGUGGAGGCCGGUGCGAUGGCCGCUGUGGACCGGUAGAUGACAGGCCGGUCCCAGAACCGCAGCGGGCGCCGCCCCCAAGGGAGCCGGUGGCACCGGCACCGGCACCAGCACCGGCACCGGUACCAGCACCGGCACCGGCACCAGCACCCACCGGGACCGCUGCCGUUUCCUACAUUCCCCAGGACAAGUGGGAACCCUCGGCGAUAGGCGGUGCACUGGUGGUGCCGGAGGUCCGGGUUGCCAUCCGGUCUCGACGAACUGCAUUACUGAGGAAGACUACUGCGGACGACCCACGCUGA